CACCGGCGAGCGGCGGGGGGGGCGGCACCGGCGGGACAUGGCCCUGCCGCUCGGAGCUGCCCUGCAGGAUCCCGGCCUGGCCAUGGCACGCGCCACACACCCUCCUCAUCCCACAGAGAUCAUUGAAGAAGUCAUGAAGGAGGACGGUUUCCAGCCAGAUUCAGCCCCCGUCCUGCCCAAAGUGCUGCCCAAAGGCUCGGCCAAGCUGGUGGCUCGUGGCUCCAGCCCUGCGGUGGCCACCCGACUGCUGCACCCGGCCGAGACCUGCCCGCUGGCACCCGGGUUGGCACCCUACGGUGCCACAGUGCUGCCGCCAGCCGACACGCGGUCCCCGCAGCUUGCCCAGAGCCUCAGCACCCUCUCGCUGUCGCCUAAGCUGGUACCGCGGGGCACGACAGGCACCAGCGGACGGCAACGCUGGUCUCCAGCCGCCGGGCAUGGUAAGGACCAGUUGGAGGAGCUGCUGGAGCCGCCCAAACUGGUGAUCACGGAGCAACCCAAGCAGCGGGGUAUGCGCUUCCGCUACGAGUGCGAAGGCCGCUCGGCCGGCAGCAUCCUGGGCGAGAGCAGCACCGAUGCCAGCAAAACGCUGCCGGCCAUCGAGCUGCUGAACUGCCACACGAUCCCCGAGGUGAAGGUGACGGCGUGCUUGGUGUGGAAGGACUGGCCCUACCGCGUCCACCCCCAUGGCCUGGUGGGCAAGGACUGCAGCAAUGGGCUCUGCGAGGUCGUCCUCAAGCCCCAAACCAACCCCAAGCACAGCUUUAGCAACCUGGGCAUACAGUGCGUGAAGAAGAAGGAGAUCGAAGCAGCGAUAGAGAAGAAACUGCAGCUGGGCAUUGAUCCCUUCAAAGCCGGUUCCCUCAAGAACCAUCAGGAGGUGGACAUGAACGUGGUGAGGAUCUGCUUCCAGGCCUCCUACAAGGACAGCUCCGGGCAGACGCGGCACCUCAGCCCUGUGCUCUCAGAGCCCAUCUUCGACAAGAAAUCCACCAACACCUCAGAGCUGCGGAUCUGCCGGAUGAACAAGGAGAGUGGUCCCUGCACGGGCGGCGAGGAGCUCUACUUGCUCUGCGACAAGGUCCAGAAAGAGGACAUCGCGGUGGUUUUCCGGAAGGAGACGUGGGAGGCGCGGGCGGACUUCUCGCAGGCCGACGUGCACCGCCAGGUCGCCAUCGUCUUCAAGACGCCGCCCUACCAGCACCUGGAGCUGGCCGAGCCUGUGGAGGUGGAGGUCUUCCUCCAGCGCCUCACCGACAGUGUCUGCAGCGAGUCCUUCCGCUUCACCUACUUGCCCAAGGACCAUGAUGCCUACGGGGUGAACGUGAAGCGGAAGCGGGGGAUGCCCGAUGUCCUGGAGGAGCUCUCGGGCUCAGAUCCCUAUGGGAUCGAAGCCAAGAGGAGGAAGAAGCCACCGGGAUACAUGGAUCACUUCGCCCCGCUGCCGGCCGCAGAAGAUGCCUUCGCCCUCUUCGCUGGUGACCCGGAGCCCUUCGACGCCCUGGCCCCCCUCUACGUCCCCUUCCCCCCUCCGGGGCUCCGCGAGGGGCUGCCCCCCCCGUACCCCCCCACAGACUUCCCGGCCUGCCUGGGCCCCGAACUGCUGGCCGAGCCCUACGGCUCCCCCCCCCGCGCCCCCCCGUACCCCCCCACAGACCCCCACCCCACCGCCAGCCUCGUGGGCACCCACAUGUUCCCCGGGCACUACAAGGAGGCUGAUCUGCGCCUUGGGGAUGUCUGAGCCCCCCCCCCC